AUGUAUCAGAAAUGUGUUGAAAAUAACCCUCAUUCAUGGGAUAAGGCCUGCAUACAGCAAAAGAAAGCCUUGACAAAAUGUUCAGAAGAAAAUGUUGGCAUUUUGAAAUUCGUAAAACAGCAAUGUGCUAAUCAGAUCAACGCUUACGACAGUUGUCUUGCUGCCAAUACCGAAAAACCUGAAGAAUGCGUUCAACCUUUGAAAGACUUGUAUCUUUGCACAGAGGCAGCUUCUAUUCUAUUCCGCGACGAGCAAAAAGACAAAGCAGCAGACGCUUCACCAAAAAAGAAUUAG